GGAGCCCCCAAAAAGAAACUGAACCGUCAAAACAUAAACAGAGCAGUAAACCUUGUGUGAACGCAGUUAGCUCUCUUUCUAGUUUGUCUUCUGCUAAAAGCUGUAUGCACGCAUUCCUAAUGUCGUGUAUUUACGGUCAAAUAAUUCCUAGCCGAGGCACCCAAGUUAGCCCAAUUGCUAAGUAGUCAGGUGGAGAAAAUAAAUCUGCAAUAAAGAUCAGGACUAAACUAAGAAGUACGCCUCGUCGGGCCUUCGGAUCGAGGUCGACGCAGACAAAGGGGACAGGAUGUCUGAGGCUGAAGGCAAAUCCACAGCGCUUAACGGUGGCGAAAAAGAAGAUCAACAUAAGGAGACUGAUGCAUCCGGAAGCAAAGAUGGGGAAACGCAGUCUUCCUCUCAAGACGGCACAGGAGAGGCAUCUGGAGACAAGCCAAUGUCAGAGGUGGGGGAAAACAGGGAGGAGGAGGAAGAAGACACAGACAGCAUGGACGGCCGUGGCCAUUACUCCCUGACUGAAGACGGUGAAAGAGAGAGUGACGGAGGCAGACGGAGGAGAGCAAAGGAUAAAGACGGCGGGAAAAGAGCCGCCAGGAAGCGGAACAGACCUGGUGGUGGCCCGAAUCGCCCCACCACUUCAGAUGAGGAUGAGGACGACGAGGAUGAGGACGAGGACGACGACGAAGAAGAACACAAAGACGACGACGAUGAAGACGAUGAUGAGGCCAUGGAGGCCUGGCUGGGAGCGGAGCUCAGUGACCUGCGAGGCCCUGUGUGGCAGGCGAUACCCUCGCUCCGCUCGCGGGAGAUCGGCAGGGACUCCCACCAGUUUGUGAGGCGCGUGUGCGGGGCCCGCGGCCUCGUGCAGAGGCUGGAGCUCCAGGGCCGACUGGAGAGGCACACGGGCUGCGUCAACACGCUGCACUUCAACCCCUCGGGCACACGCCUGGCCUCUGGCAGCGAUGACCUGCGGGUGGUGAUCUGGGACUGGGCUGUCCGCCGCGCCGAGCUGGAGUUCGACAGCGGCCACAAGAGCAACGUCUUUCAGGCAAAGUUCCUGCCCCACAGUGGAGACUCCACCUUGGCCAUGUGUGCCCGAGACGGUCAGAUCCGAGUGGCUGAGCUCUCUGCCACACAGCGCUGCAAGAACACCAAGCGGGUGGCACAGCACAAAGGGGCGGCACACAAGCUGGCCCUUGAGCCAGAUUCCCCUUGCUCCUUUUUGUCCGCUGGAGAGGAUGCUGUGGUGUUUGGUAUUGACCUGCGUCUGGACCGGCCUGCUAAUAAACUGGUGGUUGUGAAGGAAAGUGAUAAAAAAGUGGGUCUGUACACCAUCUUUGUCAACCCAGCAAAGACGCAGCAAUUUGCUGUGGGCGGAAAAGACCAGUAUGUGAGGAUCUAUGACCAGAGGAAGAUCAACGAGAGCGAUAAUAAUGGAGUGCUGAAGAAGUUUUGUCCUUCACAUCUGGUAUCCAGCGAGUCCAAAACCAACAUCACCUGCCUUGUGUACAGUCACGAUGGCACAGAGCUCCUGGCCAGUUACAAUGACGAGGACAUCUACCUGUUUGACUCCAACCACAGCGAUGGGGCGGACUAUCGAAGGAGAUACAAGGGACACCGCAAUAAUGCAACAGUGAAGGGGGUGAACUUCUAUGGGCCACGCAGUGAGUUUGUGGUCAGUGGCAGUGACUGCGGACACAUCUACCUGUGGGACAAGUACUCUGCUCGCAUCGUCCAGUUUAUGGAGGGAGACCGGGGGGGAGUGGUGAAUUGUUUGGAGCCUCAUCCCAAUCUUCCCGGCAUGGCCACCAGUGGGCUGGACCACGACAUCAAACUGUGGGCCCCCACGGCUGAGAGCCCCACGGGACUGAAGGGUCUGAAAGAGGUGAUGAAGAAAAACAAGCGGGAGCACGACGAAGACAGCGUGCGCCACGGUGACCAGUACGACACCCAGCUGCUGUGGUUCCUGAUGAGACACAUGAGGAACAGACGGCCUCAGAGGGCCCGCCGCGAGGGGGCAGACACAGACACGGGACGAGUCCUGGAGCUCUCCAGAUUCCUCUGACGAAGAGGAAGGAGGUCCAGACCACGUCCAGUGCAUGUCCUCCUGAGCACCACACACACACACACACACACUUAGACACGCAAACAUACACUCGCACACACUUCGUGGCCCUUUAAUUGUUGCACAUAGACGAGCACCCUUGACACCGUGGCAACUCAAACACGGACGAGCCACAGGCGUCUUUUUGUUUGUUUCCUUUGUACACACGUACAAACUCACACUAAAUGAACUUACUUACUUUUUGAAUUCAUAGUGACCGAGCUUCACGGUUGGCUUGUGAGUGCAAGCGACGACUACACACUGCAUACGCACUUCCAGAAUCCUGAUUUUUGACUAUUGUACAAAGAGAUUUAGUGAAUGCUUGCAUCCCUAUAAACCACUCUGGGGGGGGGGCUGCUCGUGCAUACAUUGUCUAUGUGCCCUGUCUAGCCCCGGAACAAUGUACUGUGUACGUAUGGCAACAAGCACCUCCUCUUUAGGGACCCUGUAGGAAGCUAUACAUCACCAGCACACAAUUCCUCCUCUUUUAGGGAUAAACACAUCUCACUCUUCAGCUCUUUGGCUUUGAAUCGUACCAUCAAACCAUCCCCUAAAUGUGACUUCCUUUUAUCAUUUGAAGGGUCCCCUUCACUGCAUUGCCCCAGUCUCUUGCUUAUUUGUGGCCCUUAGCUUGUGCAACUAGUUGCGUUUUUGUCUGGAAGGACUGCUGAAUCCCUACAUGCUGCAUCACCCGACGUGCUCCCCUCCCCUUUCCCCCUUCCCCCUCACCAGUGAGUGCACUUUGAAUCAGGGACGCUUUAGUUUUGAGACACAGACAAAAUGUGCACUGAGUGUGUCAUUCUUGGGGGAAGAGCUGUUUUAUCCCAUCGGAGCCCCCACGGUUUAGUUUGAUGUUAUUGAUUUUUUUUCUUUUUUUGGGGUGGGGGUAUUUUGCACUUAAGCAUAUGUUUGACUGAGGAAAAGGAGGUUUGUUUGUAUUCCAUCAGCCUUUCUUCCUCCCUGACUCUCCAUCUUUGACAGGAAACCUUGGAUGGUGUUCGGCACACGGAUAGUGACUGAUGUCGGGUUCUAUUGGGGCAAUUGGUCAUUUAGAGUCAGACCCUGACUUAGGCAGUGUUUCCGUUGGAAUUUGAUCUAUGUGCUAGUUGAGAUUGGAGUGUAGUAACCAUGUGUUUCAUGAAAAUGCCUCUGAUGCUAAUCUCAAAUUGAUUGCGGAAUGUCUGUCUUUCAAACAAGCAUUGGAGCACCACAAUAACUAAGAGGAGGGAGGUCAUAAUGCUUGGCAGUCAUUUGCUGUACGAGAGCGAUAAAGUCCAGCGUUUCUCAUUUUCUAUGAGAACUGUAGUUGAAUUCAUAUGUACAUAUAUAAAUAUAUAUUAAAACUGUAAAAAGAAAAUCAACCUUAGCAAAUGCAGUUUGACUUAAAGGACAAAAGAUGUCAGAACAUUUGAUUGGUAUCGAUGCAGAGGUUUAUAUUCUAUAUGAGGACAAAGUACUUUUAAAAUCCAGGGGGGAAAAAAUUGACUUGAGACACCAUUUUUCUUCUGCUUUUCCUUUUAUGAAUGGCAUCCUUCUGUUAUGAGCAGAACAGCUGUCGAGUAUUAAAGUUAUGAUUCUGUUGUUCAAGAAAAUAGGUUUCCGUUCUCGAUCAUCACCCAUCAUUAGAGACAGUUCUAUCCAGAUUUUCCCACUGGCUAUUUUUGGCAUCUUGUAUACAUGAGGCGUUUUGAUGAACAAUUUUCUUUUGUCCACAACUGCCUAAUAUUGUAUUCUACCAGUUGUUUGAAAUAUGUACGAUUCGUGCAAUAAACAAAGACAGUGCUCUUGAUGUUGUAAA